AUGGAUAAUACGUUGCCGUCGUCAACCAUACGAGCAAUUGCGUCCUUGGUCGUCCUCUUUGUUCUCGCGACGACCUUUCUCGCUCUCAGGAUUUACGCGAGAGUCUCGGCGUUGAGAAGUUGGCGGCUGGGGACGGACGACUAUCUCAUACUUUCGGCGUGGGUUCUGUUCACAUGCAUGAUAUAUCUUCGGGUCGCGCUUCUAAGUGCGUCCACGUUUGCGGGGAUACUGAACGUCCCCAAGUACAGCAAGAUCAGUAAGGCAGCCGGGGUAAUGUCAAACAUAGCGUGGGCGCUAAGCAAGACAUCGUUCGCCUUCACGCUCAUGCGUUUGAUGACGGGGAGGCUUCGAUGGAUGCUGUGGUUCAUCAUCUUCUCCAUGAACCUCUUCAUCGCGCUGUGGCUCCCAUUAUUUCUGAACCCAUGCGGCCCUGGCGGACCGGAGCCAUGCUGGCCACGGGAAAUGUCUGUUCCGUUUGGGAUAUUUGUCAAUGCAUAUUCGGCCUUCUUGGACAUUUUUCUUUCCUUGUUACCAUGGAAAAUUAUAUGGCCUCUUCAUCUUAGCACUCACGAACGGAUUGGCAUUUGUGUAGCUAUGAGCAUGGGUAUCUUCGCUGGAGCUACUGGGAUAGUCAAGGUUUUAUAUCUAUUCGGACCACAGUCACGCAGUAUAUUCGAUUCCGGAAGUAUAUAUACAUUAAGCACCCUCUUCAUCUGGGAAAGCGCUGAGAUCUCAGCCACAAUCAUGGCAACAUCAAUACCUAUGUUGCGAAAACUCGCCGUCAACAUCUCAACCAGAUACUCUUCUCGGGGAAGUAGCGAAAACACCAUGCUGUCCGUUUUCCAGCGCCAGUUACGUAUAGCUGGCCUCAGUAAUGAUGCUGAGAACCAACACGCUGACCAACCAACCAAUUUUACUGGCGCUUCCUCUACGAACUAUUCACGGGCUUGA